AUGUAUGAUUUGGAUAAAAAUAAAUAUCUCGAUCGAAAAGAAAUUGAACAUGUAUUACGUGGUAUGUUUGAUUUAUUAGAGAUUCCAAAUUAUGAUAAAGAUGAUUUAGAUAAAGCAAUUAAUAUUAUAUUUGAUCGAACAGAUUUAAAUCAAGAUCAAAAAAUAAGUUGGAUAGAAUUUAGUACAACAUUGUUAAAUGAUGAUUUUUUACUCGGAUUAAUGGUACCAUUUGAUACAAUAACAAAAACAGAUACAAAUCAACAGUCAACACUGCCAUGGAAUAAUCAAAAACUAUUAAAUGAUGAUGAAUUAGAAAUGAUCAAUAGAUCAGAACGCUUUUGA